CACCAAUCCGGCGGCUCUGUCGUCGCCUCUCCUGCCUCCGUUCUGCUCCCCUCCUGGAGGACAAUAGGACACCGUAGAAGCCGGCGGAGGAGGCUGCUGCGGCUGCUCACGGUCGGCCGACGUUUCGCCCGCUUCGCUUGGCAGCCGCUCGGACGCACAGCAGGGCCGUCGUGGGCGUCCGUUCCGCACGUGACGUCAACUGUUUGCUGCCGCCGCGCUUGUCCCUCCUCGGCCUCCGCACUCCCCUCGCCGCGUCCCCCCGACCCACGGUCUUCGGCAUGAAUUCUUCUCCGCUGGUGUCACGAGCCAACAUGGACAUCCUGGAUGAGCUGCAGCUGAUCACAGCCCAGAACCUGGAGAAGGUGGAGGUCAACAAGUAUUUCGAAGUGAUCAGAGAGCUGGGAAAGGGCACCUAUGGCAAGGUGGACCUGGUCAGCCACAAGAUCCGAGGUACAAAAAUGGCGCUGAAGUUCUUGAAGAAGAAGACGACCAAGCUGAAGUCGUUCCUGCGGGAGUACAGCAUCUCGUUCUACUUGUCUCCCUGCCCUUUCAUCAUCAACAUGUUCGGCAUCGCGUUCGAGACGGACGAGCACUACAUGUUCGCGCAGGAGUACGCGCUGGCGGGGGACCUCUUCGACAUCAUUCCCCCGCAGGUUGGUCUUCCCGAAGCAGUGGCGAAGCGCUGCGUGCACCAAGUAGCCAUCGCUUUGGAUUACCUGCACUGUAAGAAGCUGGUCCACAGGGACAUCAAGCCAGAAAACAUUCUUAUUUUUGACCGGGAGUGCCGCAAAGUCAAGCUGUCCGAUUUCGGCAUGACCCGUCGCGCCGGAUCACCCGUGAAACGGGUCAGCGGCACCAUCCCGUACACAGCCCCCGAGCUGUGCGACGUGUCCCGCCACGAGGGGUUCUGCGUGGACUACAGCACAGACGUGUGGGCCUUCGGCGUGCUGCUCUUCUGCAUGUUGACCGGCAACUUCCCGUGGGAGAAGGCGCUGGCCUCCGACUCCUUCUACCAGGAGUUCGUCCGCUGGCAGAGGAGGAGGACGAACACGGUGCCCUCCCAGUGGAGACGCUUCACCGAGCAGGCCCUGCGCAUGUUCCGCCGCCUGCUCUCGGUAGAGCAGGAGCGCCGCUGCUCCGUCAAAGAGGUGUUCGGAUACUUCAGCCACUCGUGGACGCUGGACGGGGAGAACGACGACAACAACGGCAACGGGGCAAGCGGCGCCGGCGAAAGGGUCAGCGGCGGCGGGAAUGUGCGAGGGGAGGCCGACGACAAUAUGUCCUCAUCUUCAUCCGGGGAGGAAGACGAGGAACUCCUAGUGGAGCGGAUGAAGCAGCAGACUCUGUCCCCGUUGUCCCCCCUCCCGCCGGUGUCACCGGCGGCUACAGAUCGAGCGAGCGGCGGCGCGACCAAGGGCGCCGCGACGGAAGCGGGCGGGGGUCACCGUUUCGCGUCGGUGUCCACCAACAGCUCGAUGUCGUCGACUAACAGCUACGAGCGGAUGCCGCGGGAGAACGGCUCGCCGGGGGGCCGCAUGCUCGUGGCCACGCCCAUCGAGAUUUGCGUCUGAGCGCCUCACCGACGCUUCCGACGUUCAAUCUCGUCUCGCCGCCGUGCUCGUCUUCUCCCGCUCAUCCGACCACGUACAGUCCACACGCAUGCACGGAGAACCGGACACUCGACGCCGCCGUCGUCGUCGUCGUCGUAAUCGUGACGGACGAGCUCAACAAAGUACGACAGAAGACCGAAGCGUCGUCCCUCGAGCAAUAUUUCCAAUAAAUACAAAAAACGGAAGUCGGGAUGGAGCGGGACGUCUUCGGGGUCUUGAACUCCCGGAAAAAGCUUGAAUUGUGUUGUACAGUCCCAAGACGAACUUGGAAGAGGAAAUGUGUUCAAAUAUGUCACGCGUCACUCUGUUUCAUGAACUGGGUCUUUUUUUGCGGUUUUUGUUUCUUUUUUGGUGACACGUUCAAGAGGUGAUUUUCAGCCAGAAUAUCCGGCCUCUCAUUCGACCAAUUAUCGGCCGUCAUAUAACGGAUUCGAAUUCGGCACUUUGAACGCAUCCAUUUCACACUAUUUUAUACUCGCUCUAGUGUUCCCCCCCCUCGCCCCCCAAAAUAUACAUUUCAAGUUAGAAAUGCAUGAUGAGUAG